UACCAGCACACCUUGUCCUCUUUGGUUUUAGAUUUCAACGGGAGUGCCCACUGCUACCGUACCAUGUUAGACCUGGCUACGCGAUUUGUGCUCUUCCGUCGCGGUGAACCAAUAGCCCCUGGUUGGGUGCGAAGCCGCUUGGCAUCGGCUACUCGUUAUCUACGUUGGUACCGCACCUCUUCGCCUAUGGUCGACAAUGCGAGUUUGGUUCUGGGCAUUUUAUUGAUCAUUAUGGCGGCCGCGUCUGCAUUUCAACUCAGGCACCUAAUGGACAUACAUGCUAAUCGAUCGACUACCUCGGAAUCUAUUGAACCCGUCUCAUCCAGACAACCCACCUCCGUGUUAACUUAA